AUGCGUUUCGCUCCUCUUGCAGCGACCGUCGCGUCCCUGGGCGUGGCCAGUGCUGCGGCUAUCAAGCCCAAGGACACUGCUCUGCGGGCUCGCGAUACCUGCUCGGAUGUCGAGUUCACCGGCGAGGUCUUGCACCUCUCCUUGAACAUCAUCGAAUACCCUGUUGUGGUUGAUGUUCAGCUCGAGGAGGAUGCUAUCAUCACCGUUGACAACACCAUUCUCAUCGAGGCUACGAAUGCGCCCACUCACCUGCACACUACCGUGAUGGCUACUUCGACUUCUACUGUCACCAAGACGAUUUCCACGGCUACCAUUACUGCUGCUGCUGCUGCUGGCGAGGCCACUGCUGGCUCUGGCUCUGGCUCUUCUGGCUCUGGCUCUUCUGGCUCUGGCUCUUCUAACUCUGGCUCUUCUUCCGGCUCUGGAUCGUCUGGAGUUGUUGCUGGCUCUGGCUCCUCCAACUCCGGCUCCGGCUCUAGUGGCUCUUCUUCCGGCUCUGGAUC